AUGGCGACAACGUGAUGUGGCAAGAUGCUAAGUUCAGCUCGUCGUUUUUUUAUACGCAGACGUUAUCUGGGCUGGACGUCUGCCGCAGGCGUCUGUCUUCUACUUAUCUGUAUAAUAUACGUUCUUUCUACGGGGUCUUGGGAGGCGCCAAAACUCAGGGCAGUUGCAAAUGGCAAGUACGCCGAUCUGAAAAAAUCCCGUUACGAGAAUCGAAAUCGCCAUAAACAAGGCCCUGGAGAAUACGGGGCAGGGGUUUUCCUUCAGGGGGAGGAGAAGAAAAAUGCCGAUGAACUGGCGAAAAAGGAAGCGUUUAAUAUCAUCGCCAGCGACGGGAUAGCUUUGGAUCGAUCUUUACCCGACGUGAGAAAUCCUGCGUGCAAGUCUGUGGAAUAUCCCAAAGAUCUCCCCACUGCCAGCGUUGUCAUCAUAUUCCACAAUGAGGCUUGGACGCCCUUGCUGCGUACUGCACACAGCGUUGUGAACAGAUCCCCUCCGCAAUAUCUCCAUGAAGUGAUUUUAUUAGAUGAUGCCAGUUACAGAGACCGGUUAGGUGAAGAGUUGGACAAGUACGUCCAAGAUACCUGGCCUGAUGGAGUAGUUAAGGUCGUCAGAGUGAAGGAACGAGCAGGUCUUAUCCGAGCGCGUAUUGCAGGCGCUAAAGCUGCUACAGGAGAUGUCCUGAUAUUCCUGGACUCCCACUGUGAGGCUAAUGAAGGAUGGCUUGAACCACUUCUUGCAAGAAUUAAGGAAAAAACAGAUGCAGUCUUGGUCCCGGACAUCGAUAUGAUAAGCUCGGAGACUCUCCAGUACAUACCCACUGGCUCGGGCAGUGUCGGUGGCUUCUGGUGGAGUCUGCAUUUCUCCUGGCGUCCCAUGCCAAAACGAGAAGCCGUCAGACGGAAGAGUGAGAUCGACCCUGUCAGGUUGGAACCUCUUCUGGCCCGAAUUGGCGAAAAUUCCAGCCGCGUUCUUGUCCCUGGAAUAGAUGCCAUUGACUCAGAAACAUUAGAAUACUCAAAGAAUGGGGGAAUAGCAGUCGGCGGCUUCACUUGGAGCCUUCAUUUUACUUGGAGCCCCUUUGUGCCAACGAAAUGGGAGUUGGAUCAAGGGUUUGGCAAAGAAUGGCAACCUCUUAGAUCCCCCACAAUGCCUGGUGGUUUAUUUGCAGCUGAUCGCAAAUAUUUUUUCGACGUCGGUGCCUACGAUCCAGGAAUGGAUGUGUGGGGAGGCGAAAAUUUAGAAAUCUCUUUUAGGGUCUGGAUGUGUGGAGGUAGCCUUGAGUUCAUUCCAUGCUCAAGAGUAGGUCACAUUUUCCGUUCCAGUCAUCCUUAUACAUUCCCAGGUAAUAAAGACACUCAUGGAAUAAACUCUAUGCGGCUGGCAGAGGUGUGGAUGGAUGAAUACAAGAGAUUAUUUUAUAUGCACAGAAGAGAUCUGUUGAAACAAGACAUGGGUGAUAUCUCUGAGAGAAAAGCUCUGCGGGAGAGGUUAAAGUGCAAGAGCUUCAGCUGGUACUUAGAAAAUGUAUAUCCAGAAAAAUUCAUCAUUGAUGAGAAGGUCCUAGCAUAUGGCAUGGUCCGCAACCCAGGCAGCAAUCUUUGUUUAGACACUAUGGGGAAAGAUGAGAAAACGAGGUUUGAUAUUGGACUGUUUCAUUGUCAGAAUGGUGCGAGUGCUAAUGAGGUUUUCUCGUUAAGCCAAAAAAAUGAGCUCCGUAGGGAAGAAGCAUGUUUAGAUAGCGUAGGUGCAGAAGGAAGCAAAGUUUCUCUCAACCCUUGUCAUGGCCAUAAAGGAAAUCAGGAGUGGCGACAUCACAAGGACUCUGGCGUGAUUGUCCAUGUUCCCAGUGGUAAGUGUCUGGACGUCAGUGGACUCAAAAGUGGGGACAGCGUCCAGCUGAAGAAGUGCAAUGGAGGCAAUGACCAAAAAUGGACCAUAGAACACUACUUAGACAUCUGAGUUUUGACAGUUUUUAAAGAUGUGUUGAAAGUGGAAUUUUUGUCACAAAACUCUGUUAGAUGCCACCGUAUAGUUUCAAAUAGUAGAACUUAGGGACCAUUCCCACAGAUAUUUGAAUCGAUCUAUCUCCACACUAAAUUGCUAUCUGCUAUUGGCGAGGCCAAGCAUGCAAGAAAGUUAAUUACCCCCUAGCUGAUUAGGUAGGCGUGACAGACAUUUAAGCCUCUUCAGCUCAUGGCA